GUCUGGGCUUCCUCCCGUUUGUGUAUUUCCUAGCCCCCAAACGACAGAGCCAUAUGGCUUCCGCGGUCUGGGGGAGUGCUCCCUGGUGGGGCCCACCGCCCCCAGCCCCAGCCCGGCCGCUCACGGACAUCGACUUCUGCUCUGGGGCGCAGCUGCAAGAACUAACCCAGCUGAUCCAGGAGCUGGGUGUGCAGGCGAGCUGGAGUGAAGGUCCCAAGCCAGGACCAGAUCUCCUCCAGGCCAAGGACUUUGUUUUCUCUUUGUUAGGUCUCGUUCACCGCCGGGACCCUCGCUUUCCUCCUCAGGCAGAGCUCCUGCUGCUUCGUUGCGGGAUUCGCGAGGGCUCCCUGGAUCUGGGGCCUGCGCCUCUAGGUCCCUACGCUCGGGGACCUCACUACGACGCCGGCUUCACACUCCUGGUGCCCGUGCUUUCGCUAGAUGGCACUGGGCAGGAGCUGCAACCGGACGUGGGAUCGUGUUACACAUGGCUCUUCCUCCCAGAGCAGGUACGCGGAACCUCGGUCCGGGAGGCAUGGCAGGAUUGCCUAGGACCCCCACUCCCAGGAGGACGUGAUUCGAUCCACCCAGCCCAAAGCAAAGAAACUCCCAAGGAUCCGCAAAUCUCCGUGGACCAGCUACACGUCACUGAGCCUGAGGCACACGAGUCUUUGGAAAACUCACCUAGUAAUGUUUCAGUGCCAGAGUUGCCUCAACAAGACGUAACCGACGUUGGCUUUCCCUCACCACUGAAAAAAACGAAUGGUGACGUCACCAAAGCAACCGACGUUAGCCCAGUGCCACAGCCGUUGGCGGCUCCGGAGGCAUGGCCCACAUUGUGCCCCGCCCAGGUGGCUGCCUGGUUCUUUGCUUCGCUGGCUGCGGUCGCUGAGUCCCCGUUUCCGGUUCCGGGUGCCCCGCGCUUGGUCCACGCAGCCCGCUACGCGGGGGUCACCACCAUCCUCCUGGCUACGACCGGGCCCCCGCGCCGCCUCCUGCUUUUCGACUUGAUCCCCGUGGUGUCUGUGGCCGGCUGGCCCCAGGGGCCUCGGAGCCACUCGUGGGCCGGCCCGCUGGCCUCGGAGUCGUCUUCCUUCUACCUGGUGCCCGGCGGCGGCGGCACAGAGCGGCCGGACGCCUCCGGCUGGCAGCUCUGCUUCGCCCGCCAAGAGCUGGCGCUCAAGACGCGCAUAUCCGUUCCCCUGCUGCAAGCGCACGCGGCGGCUCAGGCGCUGCUGCGCCCUCUGGUGGCCAGGACUAGGGUCGCGGCGCCCUACCUCCUGCGGACGUUGCUCUACUGGGCGUGUGAGCGGCUGCCCGCGCCCUCUCCGGCGCGAGCCGAGAACGCGGGAGCCUGCUGCCUCGGGCUGCUGGAUGAGCUGGGCCGGGUGCUCGAGGCCAGGACGCUACCCCACUAUUUUCUGAGUGGCCAGAAGCUCCGUGCGGGGUACGGCGCCGCUUCGCUGCUCGGGGCGUUGGCCCUGCUUCGCAGGGACCCUGCCCGCGCCCUGCGCGCCGCUGUGGAAGAGGCCAAGGCUGCACGCAAGGGGGGCGGCUUAGCCGGCGUGGGAGGCGGGGCCCAUUAAAGGCGCUGUUCCUACUAACCUGGAAUGUGCGUCUGUUGGCCAGCGGGUUGUGGAGGGGACUGCUCUCCCCUCACCUGGGAGACAGGCUGAGCCCUUUGGGCCUGAAGAGCCCGUUCUAGAAGGCCUCCUCGCCGGUUCCUCCGCUUCCUCCCACCCUCCUCCCGCCCCAUCCCUGGCACAGGUCGUUCCAUUCUGGCCUCUCCACUUUCCAAAUCUGUGGCCAGCACCCCUCCCACUCCGGUGCAGCCUCUGGCAUCCAUCUCCCGCCUGUUCUUAUGGUCUUUUCUCUUAGGAGUCAAUAGGGAUGGGGGUAAUAUAUUUGCUGAAAGAACGUGUAAAGGAGAAAGGUAUGGAGACCAGGGACUGACCAAUUUGUCUCACACAAAAGCAGAGACAUUAAGGAGGCCGGAUUUCACCCCA